AUGAGUCUCCUGAAGGCGGAUCAAGUGCGGCGGGAACUGUUUGUCACAUACAGCAGGCAAAUCGCUGCACUCCUUCGCGAGACGGUGGACGGUGACCCCAUCGAGACGCGCUCAGAGGAGGCAAACGGUGGCGGGGACGACGACAGGGAGGAGGCGAAGGAGCAACAGCACGAGGAAGAUGCGAAGGAGGACAGAGUCGUUUCACUGUCCGAGCGUUUCCGCGUCUCGUACGCGCGGCAACAUCUUCUCCGCCAACGUGCACUGCGACUGCCGAAGGGUUACACGGAGGAGGUGGAUGGUGCAUACCGCACCGCCUCCUCUGAGGCGGGAGAUGCGACAACACCAGCCGGAGAAGAUGUGGCCGCUGUCAUGGUGCCUGCGGAGACUGCAGAGGAAGCGGUGGAGGAGGAGGGAUGGCGGUUGGCGUACCACGAGCCGUACCCUUCGCUUCGGCGUAUUAUGCGGCGCGUACAGGACGAGUCCUUGCAGACGUUACUGCAGGAAUCACGUGUGCCGGUAACGGCGCAUCGGGACGAGGCCUACGCGGCGCAGCGCAUUUCAGCUCUGCAUCAAAUAGAGGAACAGAUAGGAAGGGAGCGCGCCACAAUCCUCGCACGACAACAGAAGAUGGACGGCAAGCUACACCCCAUGCAGUGA